AUCACAGAAGUAGUGGUAAAGGCAGCCGCAUCAAAUACCAGCAGUGGCAAAGACUUCAUGACACUCCUGCUCAGUCGGCAGGAUGCAGACAUUCCAAUCACCGAAGCAGUGAUUGAGGCAGCCGCAGCAAAUGAUGGUAGCGGCAAAGACGUCAUGAAGCUCCUACUCGACCGGUGGGGAGCGAAAAUCCCGAUCACAGAAGCGGUGUUGAAGGCAGCUGCUUCAAAUCACAGCAGCGGCACAGACAUAGUAACUAUUCUAUUCGACCGACGGGGGACAGACAUCCAAAUUACAGAAACAGUGACAGAGGCGGCCGCAGCAAAUGAUGUCAAUGGCACAGAAGUGAUGAAAGUGCUGCUGAGAAGGAGGGGAGCACACGUCUCGAUCACAGAAGCAGUGGUGAAGACGGCUGCUAGGAACACAAAUAAGAAUGUGAUGACGCUGCUUCUUGACUGGCGAGAAGAGGAGGUGAUU